AUGGCCGAAAACAGCAACACCUUCACUAUUGCCGGGGACAUCCCGCCAGCGUCCGCAACAACAACAACAACCACCCAAGCCGCAGAAACCCAGACUGAAGAAACAACGACUUCAAGCGAUUCCAAUUCUCCAGCAACAGCACCAGCAGAAGAAGAAGAAGAAAAAGAAGAAACCCUCCCAUUCACCACCCCCUCCCCCUCCCUCUCCACCUCGGUCCUCCUCCCCCUCACGCCCUCCACCUCCUCCGCCCCUGCUCUCGCCCACGUCCAACACGUCUGGGACACCAUCCGGCCCAACUCGGCCAUUUACAACCUUUUGCUCUCGGACAUCAUCCUCGUAGCCGCUGUGUCGCAACCCACCGGCCGCAUCCUUGCCCACUUGACGCUCCAACCAGUCCACCUCAACAGCAAGCGCAUCCUGCACGGCGCCGUCAGCGGGGCGCUAUGCGACUGGGCGGGCGGGAUGGCUAUCGCUGCCGAUAUUGCUGGGGACAGCGGUGCGGUGGAUAAGGACGGGAAGAAGAUCUUGUCGACGGGGGUGAGCACCGAUAUGCAUUUGAGUUAUUGCUCUACGGCUAGGGAGGGGGAUACGCUCGAGGUGGAAGCGUGGGUUUCUAGACGUGGGAAGAAAUUGGGUUUUACGGGUUUUGAGAUUAGGAAGAGGGUUGAGGGUGGGGGGUGGGAAAGGGGGGAAAGGGGGGAGGUGGUGGUUGUGGGGAGUCAUACUAAGUAUCUACCCUUUGGGCAGAAGAGGGAGUAG